AUGAACCGGUUCAAGCUGGCGAACGUUCCACGGGACUCGGGCGAUGAACUCGGCGAGUUCGUUCCGCCGCCUGCCGCGGUGACGAGGAGGGUGGUGAUGGGCUCGGAGGUAGCACCGGUGAGGUUGUGCUCCGAGGACGGACGAGCGUGGGAGACGUCGGUGACGGUGGCGGCUCUGAUGCGAGUUGUUGCAGGAGAGAGUGCCGAUGCAACAGAAGUGAUGGAGAGGUCAUUAAGCGCUACUCCGUCGUUCUCGUCCUCGUGGGGUGGUCAGGGUGGCAUCGGUGGGCAGAAGAGGGUGGCGGAUGAGUCGAUGAGAGGCCCGGUGUUGAAGCAGUACCGAACAGAAGAAACUAGUGCGAUUCCAGCUCCGGCGACAGACGAGGCCAACCCUUCCGCCACAGGACUGAGAGAGCAAGUAGCGGGAAGAAAGUACAGAGGAGUUCGACAGCGGCCGUGGGGCAAGUGGGUGGCGGAGAUAAGAGACCCACACAGAGCGGCCCGCGUCUGGCUCGGCACCUUCGAGACUUCCGAGGCCGCCGCCCGGGCGUUCGACGAAGCCGCCCUCCGGUUCAGGGGCAGCAAAGCCAAGCUUAACUUUCCCGAGGACGCUCGUCUCGGUCCGCUGCCACCUGUCAUGGCGGCGGAAUCGCAUUCCACAUCUUCCAUGACCUCAAACAGUGCAAGUUCUUACUAUGUUUCUCCGCUUUCUCCAUAGCAACAGUCGCAUCAUCUUCUACAGUCAACUUCGACAGAGUCCAAGCAAUAUACACCAUCUUCGUCCUCAGCAUAGUGUUGCCUUUUCCAACCUCAGAGCUACCUCUCCCCUUUCUUCUCUCUAAGUCCUAGGAUUCAUCCUGUUCUCUUCAGAUCUUCCACCAUGCUAAUGGUUUCAUAACGAAGAAACUUUGGCUUGUCAUUGCAGCUCCAGUCACUUUGUCUCAGUUGGAGAUCGAAUUGGCUUGUUCUCGGAUGUGGACUACACAUGCUUUGCUCUGUUCUGGGAAGUCAUUCAACAUCAGGACAACUUGGACCUGAGAUGCCUCUAGGAAGCGGUGGAAACGGGCCGACCGCAUUGGGCUCGAUGACGCUAAUCUAAAAGCAAUCGAUCAGGCUCUAAUCUGACCUGAUCGACCGUGCCCUGUGUUGAC